CUCUCGUCUCUCGUUUGGCGCGUAGUUCUAGUUCUUCUUCAUUUACGUUACUUUCAUCAUCAUCAUUGCUGCAGUUUUCACGUACGCUGCCCGGCCGUGCAACUGUAGCUAACGUAUCAACGUAUCCGUAUUUGUAUCCGUGUGUAUCUCCAUCUGUAUUCCAAGUGUGUGGCACGGUUGGUCGUGCCCCGUGCGUGCGUAAUUGGCACCCAUUUGUUUGCAGGCCGCGACUCAACUCGUCUCAACGGAACGCAACUCAAACCCCGGAGUCGAACCCAAUCACAAACGCAGUGCCAAUACCAAUCACAGUUCCAGCUCUCAGUUGGAUGCUGCAAUUUUCGCCAAGCGACGUGCGAAACGCGUCUGACGUGCUCCGUGUGCUGUGAUCCGUGCUGUGAUCCGGACCAAAAGCAGAAAAUCUAUAUUAACUGGCCUUAGUUGAUAGCCCGCUAAUUUGAAUGCCAAUCGAAGCUGUCAGUGGCACUCCGGCGUUAGUUUUCCGUGCGUGAUCCGCCCACGCCACCCUCCGUGUUCGUGUGUGUGUAUCUGUGUGUGUGCGUGUGCGUCCAAGGAUAAUUGAAGACAGCAACUGACACGUACGCGUGCUCCAAUUGCCAGACAGACAAUAGCAUAAAAGUCGAAAGCCACAAAAGGAUGCGUCGUUGACCUUCUGCCCAAUUGGCUAAGAAAUAGUGUGCCACAAUCUAAAGAAAUCCAAACCCAAACCAAGUGCAAUAUUGAAAAUGUGCCAGUGUUAGUUAAACGUCAAGUGUUACCAAGCUUACUCAUUGCUUAGCCAAAUCUCUAGGACUUGUGCUAGCCCAGAUCAAGUGCAGAAAUGUUGCCCUAUCAGGCGGUGGCCAUGGACUAUGCCGGCUAUCAAAGGCAGCCAACGCCGGGUCAUCCGGGUAGUCACAUGGUCGGCUCCCUGGGCAUGUCAGCGGUGCCAUUCGGUCACUCGUGGAUGGUGCCCGCCCAGGAUCUAUGUGGCAUGCCACCAUACAGCAAAAUGCCCAAUCAACAUCAACCGGGCGCACCUGGAAUGCAUUCACAACAGCAACCCAUCGAACCGGGCAUUCUUGAGCUACGUAAAGAAAAGUCACGGGAUGCAGCGCGUUCGAGACGUGGUAAGGAGAACUAUGAGUUCUAUGAGCUGGCCAAAAUGCUGCCACUUCCCGCAGCCAUCACCAGCCAACUAGACAAGGCUUCCAUUAUAAGACUGACCAUAAGCUAUUUGAAAUUGAGAGACUUUUCCGGUCACGGAGAUCCACCAUGGACCCGCGAAGCAUCCAGCAGCAGUAAACUAAAAAGUGCAGCCAUUCGACGCAGUCCCGCUGUUGAUUUGUUUGAGCAACAUCAGGGCACCCACAUACUACAGUCGCUGGACGGAUUCGCCUUGGCGGUGGCAGCGGAUGGACGCUUCCUGUACAUAUCGGAAACGGUGUCCAUCUAUCUGGGACUGUCGCAGGUGGAGAUGACGGGCAGCAGCAUAUUCGACUAUAUCCACCAGGCGGAUCAUGCGGAAAUUGCCGAGCAGCUGGGCCUCAGUCUAACGAGUGGUGCGGGUGGUGGCGGCGGUGGAGGCGGCGGUGGUGGUGGCAGCGGUGGCAGCGGUACUGCAGGCUUGGCAUCACCCACAUCGGGCGCCUCCGAUGAUGGCAGUGGCACACACGGUACGAACAAUCCUGAUGUUGCCGCCUCCAUGACACAGGCUUCCACAAGUGGUUACAAGGGCUACGAUCGCAGUUUUUGUAUUCGCAUGAAAUCCACUUUGACCAAACGUGGCUGUCACUUUAAAUCCUCCGGAUAUCGGGUUGUGCUUCUGCUCUGCAAACUGCGUCCCCAAUACACCUUCUCGCACACACGCAAGUCCCAGCCGCCUCUUUUGGGCAUGGUCGCCCUGGCCAUUGCUCUGCCUCCUCCGUCGGUUCACGAGAUUCGUUUGGAGUGCGAUAUGUUUGUAACCCGCGUUAAUUUUGAUCUGCGUGUUGCCCACUGCGAGCCCAGGGUAUCUGAUCUGCUGGACUAUACACCGGAGGAUCUGGUCAACAAAAGCUUGUAUUCGCUGUGCCAUGCCGAGGAUGCCAAUCGCCUGCGCAAAAGUCACACAGACCUGAUUGAAAAGGGUCAAGUGCUGACUGGUUACUAUCGACUGAUGAACAAAAGUGGGGGCUACACUUGGCUACAAACUUGCGCCACUGUGGUGUGCAGCACGAAGAAUGCCGACGAGCAGAACAUCAUAUGCGUCAACUAUGUCAUCAGUAAUCGUGAGAACGAGAAUCUCAUUCUGGACUGCUGUCAGCUGGAGCCCAGUGUGGACAGCAUUAAGCACGAGGAGGGAUUGGGCAAUGACAAAAGCAGUGGAUCACCUGGUGGAGAUGCCACUGGCGAGGGCAACACACAUCUCAGUGCGGGCGACAUGAAACUGGGACUCAAUUCGCCCAAGACAGAUCCGGAGGGACACACGCAACGUGGCCGAGGACGCAAUGCAACCGCUUCACAUGGCAGCAGUCUCAAUAGUCUGGCCCUGAUCAAGGACAGUCCGACGCCGCUGGGCGUCGAGGUGGACGGAGUGCUGCCCGCGACGGUGGCCACGCCCGUGUCGACGCCCACGCCGGCGAGUGGCACCACCACCAAGCGGAAGCGGAAGAGCAAAGCGGCACAGCAGGCAGAGGAGCAAGCUGAGCAGCAGCAGCAGCAGCAGGCGGAGCAGCAACAACAGCCACUCAGCAAAUUGCCGGCAUUAGAGCGGGAUGCAAAUAGUGUACAGCAACAGCCGCGCAGUCGUCUGCCCUCCAUUGUGGAUGAGCAGCCGGCGGCUGGAGGUGCUGAAUCUGCUGUCAAGGAUCUGGAGCAUGCCAUGUCCAAGCAUUUGCCAUCCCCAACUUCCAACAACAACAACCAGCCCAACACGGAUUUCAGCGCAGAUGCUUUGCUGAAACAACAGCAACAGCAACAACAACAACAACAACAGCAGCAGCAACAACAACACGAUCCCAACGAGAAGAGCAGCACCAUCCAAUGGAUAGGAACACCUUACCAACAGCCUGCUCCGAUGCCAGCGACUGCGCUGCUCCGUCAGAUCUAUGCGAAUCGGGAGAGCGUAAUUCGAGCCACGGCCAGACAAACGCCCACCGGAGUGGGCGUGUUCUAUGGGGAGCAACAGGGCGGACCACUGCCGACGCCACCAGGCAGCGAAUCCUCCUAUGAGAAUCAAUAUCUGCAGCUGCAUUCGGCGGCAGCGGCGCCAUCGGUGACUCAUCCGGGCAGCCAAAAGGCGGUCAAUUCAGCGGAUGCCUUCACCAAUCUGGUGUCCACCUAUGGUGGCUAUCACAGCUCCAUUGAUUACCACAAUGCCAUGACGCCGCCCAGCUCGGUGUCGCCGCGGGACAGCAACAAUUCGGCAAAGGCGCCGCCUUCAGCUGCUUUGGUCGUGACCAGCAAUGGUGGCUAUGAUUACGCCGAUCCCUUGCGUGGCCAGUAUGCCACGCCCGUGGAUGGCUCGACGCCCACGACGCUGCCACUGAAGCCGCAGGCGUAUUCCGCUGCAAUGCAUCCACAUGCGGGGCAUGCCACAACCACAACGGAGGGAGGCGUCACCUACAGCAAUCUCGAUCAACCACAAUAUUUUGCACCACAUUCGAGCUUCCAUUUGUAUCAUAAGGGCAGCCCGGCGAGUGGUUGGUAUUCCACACCCUCCUAGGUUCUGGAUGAGACAGUUCCAGCGUUGCCAGACUGUCAGCAUCAGCAUCCGCAGCAGGAGCGUUGGGACUUUGUGGGCGCUUUGGGGAAAGUGGCACGCAUGUUUUUCAGCGCACGCAAGAACCAUUAAAGCGCCAUCUAGCGGGUAGUAAGACAACCCUGCAAACUGUAAAUAGAAAUUUAAAAA